ACAGGACCAGACACGACCUCGUGGUGCGAGGUUAGGUUCUCCACAGUCGCAGCCACCUCAAGCUGGUUGCAUGUUGUAUAGUGUCUCCAGGAAAAUAAGAAAAUGGAUAUAGUCAACGAAGUGUUACAGAAAGCUGCUAGAGAUGCGGAAAAGUUCAAGCCGAUCACUGUAGAAAAACAUUUGGAAGUUGACUUAGAUCCUGGAAAUUUAUUAGCUUUCGAUACAAACGAGGUAGAAGUCGCAAAGUUGAGAUCUAAUAGUGAAGAGUAUUUGAAAAAUUUGACAAGAGAUAAUGUUCAAAUACUCUUAAAUAAGGUUUGGGAACUGCCCACUCGUCGUGUAGAAGAGUGUGUUGUUGUUGAACUUCCAAAGCCGUCAUAUAUCAUUCCAAGAUCGCUUCCAGUUCCUAAACCCAGGGAACCCACUAAAUGGGAGAAGUUUGCAAAGGAAAAAGGCAUUGUCAAAACCAAAAAGUCUAAAUUGCAAUGGGAUGAAGUUCUUAAGAAAUGGAUUCCGAGGUUUGGUUAUAAAAAGGCUGCUGCCGAAAAAGAGAAGGAUUGGGUUAUUGAGCUCAAAGGUAAUGAUGAUCCAAUGGAGGAUCAGUUCGAAAAGAAGAAAAAGAUUAAACGUGAAAAUGUCGCCAAGAAUGAGCUUCAGCGAAUGAGGAAUAUUGCUGCAGCACGCAAAAUCAAAGUCCCUCAAGCAGGAAUGGUGUCAGCAGAUAGACUUUCCUCCAAAGACCUUCACAAAGCUGCCACUAUUGCUAAAAGUUCAACAGCAUCAGGCGGAAAGUUCCAAGCAAGCCUACCUAAAGAAAAACCGGCAAGGGAUGUGAGAAAUCUUAUGCCCAUUGCACCACCUCCAAAGAAGAGAAAAGCUAUUAUUACUCCAGCAGAUGAGAAAAAGACAACAAUUAAUAUAAUUGACAAAAUUUUGAAUAAAACACCAAGACUUGACAUUGAAGCAGCAGUCAACAGGGAACUCUUCAAUCAAGACUCUGAACGAGCCGAAGAAAAGAGGAGCCAGAAGCCCAAGGCGGGUCGCGGCGGCAAGAAGAAGGGCGGCACCACCGGCGGCAAGAAGGGUCGCGGCGCAGGCAAGCCGCAGGUGGCUCGCGGCGGCAAGGCCAAAGGCGGCAAGGACGCUAAAGGCGGCAAAGGCGGCAAACAGGCCGGAAGAGGGAAGGGGAAGAGGAGAUAGUAGAGGAGAUUGUAUUGUUGAAAUGCAAUAAAUUAUUAUUAUUCUGUA